GACCAUCGACCCCAGAUCCUGACCAUCGACCCCAGACACUAGUCCCAGACUCUGACCACCGACCCCAGAUCCUGACCGGCCUCAGACCACCAGACCCUGACCACUGACCCCAGACACUGACCACCGACACUGACCACCCCCAAUGCAAUCGCCCCAACACAGUGACAUCGCCCCAGACUCCGGGCCCCGACACCGGCGGUUCUGCGCCUGGGCGGCGGUGGCCAACCGCACGCUCCCGGCCCGACUCCGGGUAAGUUAGCGGGCGGCCACCGAGCGAGGGAGUGGCCGGAAAUACCAGAGGCGGCGCCAUGGCCGAGGUCCUGUUUGAGCUGCUGCACCUGGAGCUGGUGGCGCGGCUGCAGAACGAGCCCGAGCCCGAGCCCGGGCGCGGGCCCGGAGAACCGGGCCAUGGGAAAUGCAUUUCCACGUUGGAAGGAAUGGGUUUCCGUGCAGGACAAGGUCUGAUCGAAAGAUUCACUAAAGAAACACCUUCGUUCAAAGAUGAGCUGGACAUCAUGAAAUUUAUUUGUAAGGAAUUCUGGACAAACCUCUUCCGAAAACAGAUUGACAACCUGCGGACAAAUCACCAGGGAACCUACGUGCUUCAGGAUAACCGAUUUCGUCUCCUCACUCCGGUCUCCAGUGGGAAACAAUACUUGGAGGAAGCGCCAAAGUUCCUGGCAUUCACCUGUGGACUGUUGAGAGGUGCCUUGUCCAACCUGGGAAUUGACAGCACAGUCACAGCGGAGGUUUCUGUGAUGCCAGCAUGUAAAUUUCACGUUGUGAUCCAGACAUCCUAGGACUCUGUGUGGCUGGACAAGGACCAAAGAGGGAGCAAUGAAGCUUAAAUGUAACUGGAGACACAUUUGUGCCUUACCAUUUCCUGUAUAGUUGCUGUACUUUGAAGUUCUUAGUUGGUUCUGUGAUGGGGAUAGAAACGAAUCAAAGCCUAUUUUAUGGUGAGUGUGGCAGCUGAUAAAUGAACCCUUCCUUGGGGCAGUUAUAUGACAAAAAUCAUCCUGAAAUUACUGUCUAUUAUUAUUGUGACUAUCUCCUGAGCAGCUUUUUUUGAGCUCUUACUCUCAGCUGUUGUCUCCCUUCCCCUGUUCUUCCUCUCCCUAUUUUCCACCAUCACCCCUUCUGAGAAAACACAAUUGGAGACAUACUGUGCAAAGGGUGCCCUGUCAACAGGCUUCAGCACCUUCAGUUACUGCUUUGUUGGAAUUUGAGAAGCACAGAAUCAGAAUGUAAUAAGAGCAUGGUGAAGUGGUUGUUAGCCUGUCUAACGAAGCACAAGAGAUAAUCCAGGGCUACUAUGUCUCUUGGUUUGCUGACUCCUGUCUCAAUCUGCCUGCCAUAUAUUAAUGAUGUUGGGGGAGUUGGCCUGCAAACCGUCCCCAUGUGUCCUUGAGGUAUUUGUUGGGCCAGAGCAAAGAGCACUGUGCCAGACUUGAUGGCAGGCUCCAGAGAGCCCAGGAUUGGGGUCACACCCUGUAGCAAUUCCCCUUGUGACUUGCCUGUAUUUUACCUCGUGAUGUAAAGUUACUGAUGUUCAGAGCUGAUGAGUCAUGAGAGCGGGAGGGUCAUGAUCUACACUGCAGGUUAUGAAAUGCUCAGGCUCUUUAUUGUAAUAAAAUCAACUUGUGAGAUCUGAAGUACCUCGCCCCUUUUCCACAUUCACUCACCUCCCACUGUUCCUAAUGCUGAUUUUCAGAGGAAGCAGCUGCUGUAUUAGAUUGUACUGGACUCGGAUUUAAAUGAUUAAAGUGACAAGGUGAGAGAUUCCUCAGUAAUUUAUUUCGGGGUAAAUAAAAUUCAUAAAUAAUUUGCAAAUAUAGAGACGAGAGAUUCUGCAGAUGCUGGAAUCUGGAGCAACACACACAAACUGCUGGAGGAACAAAGUAGGUCGGGCAGCAUCUAUGGAGGGAAAUAAACAGUUGAUGUUUUGGGCCAAGACCCUUCAUCAGGACUGGAAAGGAAGAGGGUAGAAGCCAGAAUAAGAAUGGAGGGGGAGGAGCACAGGCUGGCAGGUGAUAGGUGAGACCAGGUGAGAGGGGGAAGAUAGGUGGGUGGGGGAGGGGGGAUGAAAGGGAAUGAUGUGAGAAGCUGAGAGGUGAUUGGUAGAAGAGGCAAAGGGCUGAAGAAGAAGGAAUCCAGUAGGAGGGGGCAGUAGACCAUGGAAAAAAGAGGAGGUUGGAAUAGAGGGGCAGGUCAUGAGGGUGGGGGAGGGGGAGAAGGGGUGAGGGGCCACAGGAAUGAGGGAAGACAAAGUGAGGAGAGGAGAGGGGAGGGGGUUACUGGAAGUUAGAGAAAUCGAUGUUGAGGCCGUUAGGUUGGAGACUAUCAAGGCGGAAUAUGAGGUGGUGUUCCUCCAACCUGCGUCUGGCCUCAACAUGGCAGUAGAGGAGGCCAUGGAUAGACAUGUCGGUAUGGGAAUGCGAUGUGGAAUUGAAGUGGGUGGCCACCGGGAGAUCUUGGCUUUUGCGGCAGAUGGAGCGAAGGUGCUCAACAAAGCAGUCAUCUAAUCUGCAUUGGGUCUCACUGAUGUAGAGGAGGCUGCACUGGAUGCAAUAAGUGACAGUCUUAGAUUCAUAGGUGAAGCGCUGCCUCACCUGGAAGUACUGUCUAGGGCCCUGAAUGGUGGUGAGAGAGGAGGUGUAGCACUUAGCACGGUUGCAGUGAUAAGUGCCGGGGGUUAUCAGUGGAGAGGGAUGAGUGGAUAAGGGAAUUGCGGAGAGAGCAGUCCCUGCGGAAAGUGGAGGGGAAAAUGUACCUGGUGGUAGGAUCCCACUGGAGGUGGCGGAGAAUGAAGUGUUGGAUGCAGAGGCUCGUGGGGUUGUAGGUGAGGAUAAGGGGAUCCCUGUCCCUGUUGUGUUGGGGUGGGGGGUUAGGGUGAAGGCAGACAUGCAGGAAAUCGAGGAGAUAUGGGUGAGGGCUGCAUUGAUGGUGGUGGAAGGGAAACCUUAUUUACUGAAAAAGAGGACAUCUCAGAUGUCCUGGAAUGAAAAGCCUCAUCAUGGGGACAGAUGUGGCAGGAGCAGAGGAACUGGGAGAAGGGGAUAGCGUCCUUAGUUUGGAAAUGUUAAUUGAUAACAAUUUGCAGUUAUGUAAGAUAUUCAAAGAAAUUUUAGUGUAGCAUUGGCUGUUAUAGAGGCAGCCCUGCAGCCAUUUUGGUAAAGAGGAAGAUCCCACAAUCAGCAAUGUAACAAAUGAAUUUUUUAUAUAACAAAUAAUUUUUUGUAAUAUAUUUGUCAAUGUUGCUUGAAUAAAGAAUGUUUUCCCAAGGCACUGGGAGAACUCCCUGCUCUUUGAUAUUGUGAGAUCUGCAAAUAUGUAUGUUGUCUUGGAUGAGAUGUUCAUCUCUUGUUAUGACAACGCUCCCUCAGUACUCCCCCUCUGACAAGAGUGCUGCUCCCUCAGUACUCCCCCUCUGACAGAGUGCUGCUCCCUCAGUACUGCCCCUCUGACAGAGUGCUACUCCCUCAGUACUGCCCUUCUGACUGUGUGGUGCUGCCUUAGUACUGCCCCUCUGACAGUGUGGUGCUCCCUCAGUACGGCUUCUCUGACAGAGUAGUGAUCCCUCAGUACUGCCCCUCUGAAAGUGUGGUGCUCCCUCGGUGCUAACCCUCUGACAGCACCAUACUUCUUCAGUACUACCCCUCAGACAGUGUGGUGCUCCCUCAGUAUGGCCUCUCUGACAGAGUAGUGAUCCCUCAGUACUGCCCCUCUGACAGUGUGGUGCUCCCUCAGUACUGCCCCUCUGACAGUGUGGUGCUCCCUCAGUACUGCCCCUCUGACAGUGUGGUGCUCCCUCAGUACUGCCCCUCUGACAGUGUGGUGCUCCCUCAAUACUGCCCCUCUGACAGUGUGGUGCUCCCUCAGUACUGCCCUUCUGACAGUGUGGUGCUCCCUUAAUACUGGUCCCUGAUGGUAUAGCACGACCUCAGUGUGGCAUCUCCUCAUACCAAUUGACAGUAAAUUGGUUCAUUAUUGCCAUAUGUACCAAGGUACAGUGAAAAACUUUGCAUGCCAUCCACACAGGUCAUUUCAUCAAAAUGUAUCCUUGCGUGAUCUGGAAAAAGCUCUUACAUCAUUGGUUUACCAUGAAAAUUUUACUGGAGUAAUCUGAAUACUAAUGGCACCAACGUCAGAUUCCAUUCCAUAGAGUCAGAGAGAGAUACAGCACAGGGACGGGCCCUUUGGCCCAUGCACUUGGCACUGACCAUCAACCACCCAUUUACAUUAAUCCUACAGUAAUCCCAUUAUUUCUUCCAUUCUCCCCACAUUCCCACAUUCCCAGCACAUCCUCCCACCCCUCCUCCCCUGCCCCCGAUUCUAAAACUCACACACUGGGGGCAACCUACAGUGACCAAUUAACCUUCCAACCUGCACGUCUGGGAUGUGGGAGGAUACCCAGGACAAACCCGAAUGUGUGCAGGGAGAACAUGCAAAAUCCACAGACAGCACCCAAGGUCAGCAUUGAAUCGGGGCCUCUGGUGCUGUGAGGUAUGAACUCACAUUUCACUUUGUCAGUGGAUUGUUCCCACUGCUGUUCAGGAAUGGUGGCUCUCUCCAACCAUACUGGACCCUCUAGUAUUUCACCAUCAAGAACAUUAGAAAUAAAAGCAAGAGUAGGCCAUUCAGCCCCUCAGUCUGCUCUGCUAUUCAAUAAGAUAAUGGCUUUUACCUCAGCCUCAACUUUCCUGCACAGAUCUCAUGUCCCUUGAUUCCCUUAAAAAUCCAAAUUCUAUCCAACCCCCUUUUGAAUACCCAGAGACCCUAGUGACCACAUCCCCCACCCCUGCAGCGAUCGUUUCUCCCUCCCCAGCAGCAGAGAUCACCUCCCCACUCCUGUAGAGACUGAGCCCCCGCAGCUCACUUUGAUAGAAAUCUCCGAAGGUUCACUUGCUCAUCUCUGUCCCAAUGGCCAGCCCCUUAUUUUGAGGCUUGUACACACCCUAAGCCAGAGGAAACACCACCCCUGCAUCUGCCCUAUUUGUAUGUUUCAGUGAAAUCACUUUUCAUUCCCCCAACCAUGAAUAUAUAGAACAAAAAUCAAACUGCUGGAGGAACUCAGUGGGUCGACCGGCAUCGUGGGGAGAAAGGAAUUGUCAAAGUUUUGGGUUGAGGCCCUGCACCAGAUGCACUGAGCUGAGUUCCUCCAGUCAUUUGUUUUUUGCUCCAGAUUCCAGUAUCUGCAGUCUCUUGUGAUUCUUGAAAAUGUAGAGCCAGUUUUCUCAAUCUCUCCUUGUACAACAAAUAACCAUCCCAGGAAUCAACCUGGAGAAUCUUUGGUGCAUUCCUUCUCAUAAAUGCAUCUUUCCUUGUGUAUGGAGACCAGAUCUGUAUGCAAUAUUCUUGGUGCAUCUCACCAGAACCCUAUAUUGUUGCAGUAAAACCUUUUUACUCUUGUAUUCAAAUCCUCUUGCAGUGUAUGAUGUACAGUUUGCUGCCUUAAUUGCUUGCUGUACCUGUACCUUAAUCUUCAGUGAUUUAUGAACAAGGACACCCAGGUUCCUCUGAAAAUCAUCCUUUAGUUUCUCACCAUUUAGAAACAUCCUUCUGUCCCUCUUUUAUAUACCAACAUGAUGACAACCUCUUUUUUGCACAUUUUUACUGCCAUUUCUUUGCCCAUUGAGUUAACCUGUUUUUCCCCUGAAGCCACACUUCAUCGUCCUCCCUGCCUGUACCUCCAUCCGUCCAGCAUCAUCGGCAACUUGGAUAUGUUAUGCUUGGUCCCUUCAGCAAAUCAUUGUAAAUUAUGAACACUGGGGCCUCAGCGUCCCACUAGCCGCAGCAUCCCAGCCUGAAAGUGAUCUGUUUAUUCUUCUUCCGUUUUCUGUCCUUUAACCAGUCCUUGUGCCAUUUUACCCUAAUCCCACAUGGUUUAGCUUUGCUUAAUGACCUCCUGUAGCACUUUAUUGAAGACCUUCUGAAAUUUUAAGUAUAUACACUGGUUUGCCCUUAUUUAUUGUGCUAAUUACAGUUUCAUGAGAUCCUUAAUAGAUGUCACACAUACAGCCCUGUUGACUGUGCCCAAUAUUAUUAAUAUUUAUUAAGUGCCCUACUACCAUUUACUUAAUAAUAGAUUCUAGGAUUUUCCCUACUACUGAUCAUAGCCCAACUGGCCCAUAGUGUCACAUUUUCUCUCUUCCUCGUCUCUGAGAUAUAGGGUUACACUUGCCACCUUUCAAUCUAUAGGAACUGUUCGAGAAUCUAUGAAGUUUUAGAAGAUAGCCAUCUUUUUUACAUCAUGGGAUUCAGGUCGUCAGUGUUAGAGCUGGAGAUGUGUUGUCCAGAAGGUUCCUUAUCAGUUUCUUAGCUUUUGCUGAAAUCAAAUGUUCUCAUUUCCCAGGCUUGUUGCUCUACACGGCAAUUUUAUAAGCCCUUUCCUUUGAUCUAAUACUAUCCUUAACUUCUUUUGAUAGCCAUGGCUGGACCACAUUCCCUGUCGGUUUUUUGUGCUUUAAACUGAUAUAUAUUAGCUGUAAAUGUAUAUUCUUUAAAUAUUAGCCACUGCUGGUAACUAAGGUAGUUUGCAAGUCUGUAUAGUUUAUUUUAUUUAGAUUUAAAACCCUGGUUUCACAUUGAACUAAAUCACUUCCAAUUUUUAUAUAAAAUUCUACUGCAUUAGAUCCAAUCUCUUUACUGACCUUGUUAACACAAAACAUAGAACAGGCCUUUUGGCCUACCAAGUUGUACUGAACUAAUUAAUAACACUAAUACCUUUUGCCUGCACAUGAUCCAUAUCCCAUCAUCCUCUGCAUAUUCAAUGUGCCAAUCUAAGAGCCUCUUAAACACCUUUAUGGAAUCUGCCUGUACCACCACUCACUGUGUAAAAAAAAACUUGCCCCACACAUCUCGCCUUCUAGUAUUAGACAUUUCGACUCUGUGCAAAGAAAAACCAGCUGCCUAUCUAUGCCUCUCAUAAUUUUAUAAACUUCUGUCGGGUCUUCCCUCAGCCCCUGCCACUCCAGAGAAAACAACCAUAGUUUGUCCAACCUCUCCUUAUAGCACAUGCCCUCUAAUCCAGGCAGCAUCCUGCUAAACCUCUUCUGCACCCUCUCCAAAACCUCCACAUCCUUCCUAUAAUGGGGGCAGCAGAGUUGAAUACAGUACUCCAGUUGCAGCCUAACCAGAGUUUUAUAGAGUUGUUCCAUCCUUUAUUAUCAGGGUGACUGCUUUAAUUUUUCCAUUUUGUCCUUCCGUUCAGGAAUAUUUAAUUCUCAACCUUUGGCACUUUGCAGCUACAUCUCUAGUAGUUACUAGAUCAUACCCAUUUAUUUCUACCUGUGCCAUCCAAACUGUUAAUAAUAUUGCUUGCAUUCAGAUAAAGAACCUACAGUAUUGCUUUUGCACCAUAUUCCCUGCUCUGACUUUAAUUGGAGUUAUAUUCUUAUGUUUGGAUGCUCUGUGCCUUCCUGACAGACACUGGCUAUUGUUACCCAUUUUUCUCUCUUGCACUAGCACUUUUCCCUUCCUCUCCAAUUUUCUAGAUGUCUCCUCAGUGGUGCAGCUGGUAGAGUUGCUGCUUCACAAUGCCAGUGACCCAGGUUCAAUUCUGACCUCCAGCACUUGCUGUGUGGAGUUUGCAUGUUCUCCCUGUGACUGCAUGGGUUUCCUUCCAGUGCUCCGAUUUCCUCCCACAUCCCAAAAACAUGUGGAUCAGUAGGCUAAUUGGCCUCUGUAAAUCACCCCUUGUGUAUGUGAAUGACAGUAGUAGAAUCUGGAGGCUGAUGUGAAUGUGGGGAGAAUAAAAAAAUAGGAUGUGUAAAUAGAUAGUUGAUGGUUGGCAGAGACUCAGUGGGCCGAAGGGCCUGUUUCAGUGCCUCUCUGAGGACCGUCCCCAUGUGAGCUGGUGCACUGUCCAAUGUCUCCACUCAUAAGUCAUCUCCAUGCUCUUCCCUGGAGUAGUGGUGGGAUAGUUAUGAGAAACUUGAUGCAUCUAUUAUUGGCCCAGUUUGAGAUCUGCCCUUCUGUGGGCCUGAAUCUGCUCCUGUUUGGAUAUGAGAUACUGACAUUGUCAUUGGCUGUAUCUCCUACUGUUUACCAGCAGUGUGUCCAGGUCUGUCUCCUGAUAGUGACCUGCCUCUGGAGGAACUUAGCAAUCCCUUUCCCUCUCACCCAAACCUUGCUGGUCUUCAGUGUAAGAUUAUCAUCAAUUAAAAUUGUUGGAGAAGUUCUGAUCAAAGUCAAAAUGAAAGGCAAAUAUGAAGCAGCUAAAUUAAAGGAUCAUGGAAUAUAUGUACUUUUAUCCCAGUUUCAUUUUGGUUUUGGCUUUUAAACAAGUAUAUGCCUGCGUUUGUGCUUCCUGCAUUAUUUAGUUUAGUUCCCUGUACUUUCUGUUUCCUCAACCAGUUGUUUGAUCUGCGCAUUGACCCCUGGGACUACUAGCCCAGUUGGAAUCCCAGCAGCAGUAGCCAACUCUGGACAGACUUUAACCAUCUCUCUCCCAGCAAAGCAGCACUCAGUUUCUUUUGAUAGUGUCCAUAGGCUCUUUUGUGUUUCUGUUCAUUGAGACCAGUAACAAGAAUAGAGCUGGAAGUAACACGUCCUUUAUCAAAGAUGACUGUAGUGGCUGGUAUCAAAGAUUACUGUAGUGGCUGGUACAACAAUGCAUCAGAAAUCAUACCAAACGAGACACUCAUAAAUACACCACCACUUGCCCUAAGAAGGAACAUACCUACACAAAUUAAAUAUCUAUGCAAUUUAUACUAUAGUUAUGCAUGUAGUCAGGUAUUUACAUAUAAAUACAUAACCAACAACUACAAAUUUAAUCAAUCUUAACCUCUGAGAUCUCCUUGACUACAAAGGUGUCUGAAACUCCUUACGUGUCCACUUCAAACAUCCCCAGUUCUGAUGGAUUAUCUCCUGAGAGCUGUGUGUUAUCAAUUUGAUUUUGGGUCUCUGGUGCUCCUGUCCAGCAAUAAACCAAUCCUGCAAUUUAAACCCACGGUCAUUCUGCAUAUCAUGUCCAACCACCAUCUUCAAGGUCAUCACAUGCAUGUACCAAUUAGAAAAUAGAACAUUACAGCACAGUACAGGCCCUUUGGCCCAUGAUGCUGUGCCGACAUUUUAUCUGGCUCUAGUAUUUAUCUAACCCCUCCCUCCCACCUAGCCCUUCAUUUCUUUAUCAUUCAUGUGUCUAUCUAAGAGUCUCUUAAAUGUCCCUAAUGUAUCUGCUCCCACAACCUCUGCUGGCAGUGCGUUCUAUGCACCCACUUAUCUCUGAUGUCCCCUUUGUAUCUUCCUCCGAUCACUUUAAAAUUACGCCCCCUCGUGUUCGCCAUUGAUUGACCUGCACCAUUUAUAUCCACCCUGCAUCUUCACCACAUAGUUCCUCACUCCCAAUACUUCUACGUUCUCCCCAAGGCUCAAUUUUAACAAACCUCUGCCCCCUGGUAACCAGUGUGUUCCCCAUCUGAGAUGGUCUUCGCCCUGGCUCCUGUUCAUCUACCCAACCUUCCAAGUUAGGCUGCACCAAAGUCAAUAGUAACUGUUGCCAGUCACCCCUCAGCACCUUGGACAGGGGAUGUUGUGUGAUGGAAUGAGGAACAAUCCUCUACGCAGAUGAUUCUUGCCCCACUUUUCUCUCUGGCUGCUAUGUCAUUGUUUCCUUCACCAUACAGACAGAUCAUUCAGCCUUCCAUUAGAUAUUGGUAGAUGUGAGAAUUCCAUUGGAGCACAGAUGCCAUCAAAAUGCCAUCAUGAACCAUGGACCAUUGCAGACACCAGUUUCUCGUGGGGUGGGGGGAAGGGGGGGCAUGUAUUGUAAAAACCUACCUCAGGGUUUCAAUGAUCCUUUCUGUGGAGAUGUACAACUGAAUAUGAGUGUCUGUCAACCAGCACAAAAAAUAGUCCAUUGCCACCUGAAAGAAGUCAAUAUGCAUUUGUUGGAAGGGAACAGCUGGUCAUUUCAGUGUUUGCUCUGGACAGGUGAAUGGAGGCUUGCAAGACUAAUACAAUGAGCAGAAUUUCACCAAUCCUGAUCAGUCCCAGGCCAAUACACAUCAUCACUGGCUACCAUGUUCAUGUGAAUAACUCCCGAGUAUCAAAGACAUCCUUCAGUAUGUGUAUGUUUAGCAUCUUUGGAUCCACAAUCCCAUGGCUUCCUUUAGGCAGCCCUGACACACCAUUGCCUUGUGGUUCAGAAGGGUCUGAUCUUGUCACCCACCCUCAUCUCCUACUCAGUCCACCCUGACAAGGCAUAUUCAUGCUCUUACCUGAAAAGAAAUUCUGUGCCAGUGGCCCUGACAAUCUCUUUGACUCUUACCAGAAAAUCAUUUUCAAUAACUUGCAAUUGAAAGAUUCCUUGUUCCAGGUUAGCCGUGGCUCAUGGUUGCUGUGACUGCAGAUCCACAAAGCACUGAGUGAAACAUUCAAUGGAAAAAUCCAGAUGCAACAGUGUGAUAGCCCACGUGGACAGAUUAUUCAGCCUCCCCCUUGGACACUGUAUAGUACAGUGACAUUAAGCAUUGUCAGGUCCAUUAGAGUGGAAGAAUACAACAAACUGCCAAUCUGAAUUGUGACCAGUGUCAGAAACCAGCACAGUUGAUAUCAUUAGAAUAGGUGACUUUGGUUCAAAGAUUGUCACCAGCAUUUUAUGGUCCUUAUAUAAUGAAAUGCCUAUCAACUAGAAACCUUCCAAGUCCACUAACCCCAGAACAAUGCCCAAAGCUGCCUUUUCAAUUUCCACAUAAUUUUUCUCAUGGGGUGUGAUGGUGUGGGAACCAUACACAGUGGCUCUUUAUGGCCUGGGUUCCAUAACAUGGUGUUGCCUGCACCCACAAUGUAGCUGAAAGUGUUGCAUGACAACUCUAAGGGUUUCCACAAGUCAGACUGGACAAAGAAAGCUUCACUACUAAGUUUAGCUCCACCCUGUCAGUGCCGUUCACCUCAAAGUCAGGCCUCUCCUUUAUAACAACCUGUAAAGGGAAUGCAGUGUGGUGGCCAAAUGUGGUAGAAACUUUUAGUAAUACUGAAGCAUCCUGGGGAAAAUAUAAAGCUCCUUUGCUAAUACCUAUUUUUUUUCUAACAUGUAGAACAAUUUGUCUAUAUAGGCUUAAGGGCAUCAGGAAAUGGCCUUGACCAACAAUGAACAGGCCUGGCUCCUGGACUAUUGUGUGUGGGCCCUGUACCCAACAGUGUCACUGUAUAAAUUGUUGGAAGGAUGCUCAGACUGCAGAUCCACAGAUACUGUGCAAUGCAAUGGGUUUCCAUCAGUCAAUUUGCAGUGCCAAUAACGAAUCCUUCUGCAUCAUUGAAUGUUUCUUGUAGCCACGUCAUUCGUAGCUUCCUUGCCAUAUUGGAUAGUGCAGUACAAUUCACCCAGAAACUACAGGAGCUCCCUGGAGUACACCCACAGCAGGGGAGUUGUAUCUCACCCACUGAAUCACAUUGAAUAACCAUCCAUACCUAUUGUAAUGCAUUACUGAGUGACCCAUGCCAACCUCCAUCCUCACAGGAUGACUAGAUAUCCUGAUAUGACCCACUUCUAGUCUGCAGGGUCACAUCCAUUGCUUCCAAUGAACUGUUCAUUUGCAAAGCUCCAUUAUGUGCACAAUAACCCAGUCUGUGAAGUGCCGCCUUUGUGGCAGCUUUCCUCCGUAAUUGUUCAGGUCUGUCCCACCCAACAAUGUGAACAUAGGAGGUGCUGUCAUUACUUCUCCCUUCACCCGAACAACACUCACAUUCCAAUCUUGCAUUAUUCUCACUAUCCUACACGAGGCAGUGUAACACACCACUGUACACAGUGCAGUGUAAUCCGUCCAGUGUACAUGAGGAGAUGUAAUAGACCAGUGUACACGAGGCAGUGUAAUCCCUCCAUUGUACACGAGGCAGUGUGACCCAUCACUGUGCAUGAGGCAGUGUAACACACAUCUAUAUAUGAGACAGUGUGACCCAUCACUGUGCACGAGGCAGUGUGACCCACCAGUGUACACAAGACAGUGUAACCCAUCAGUGUACACGAGACAGUGUGACCCAUUGUGCACGGGGCAGUAUGACCCACCAGUGUAAACGAGACAGUGUGACCCAUCACUGUGAAUGAGGCAGUGUGACCCACCAGUGGAGACGAGACAGUGUGGCCCAUCACUGUGCACAAGGCAGUGUGACUCACCAGUGUACACGAGGCAGUGUACUCCCUCCACUGUACAUGAGGCAGUGUAACACACCAGUGUGCAUGAGGCAGUGUUACACACCAGUGUACACGAGGCAGUGUGACCCAUCACUAUACAUGAGGCAAUGUAACACACCAGUGUACAUGAGGCAGUGUGACCGAUCACUAUAUACGAGGCAGUGUAACCCCCCCAGUGUACAAGAGGCAGUGUACUCCCUCCACUGUACAUGAGGCAGUGUAACACACCAGUGUGCAUGAGGCAGUGUUACACACCAGUGUACACGAGGCAGUGUGACCCAUCACUAUACAUGAGGCAAUAUAACACACCAGUGUACAUGAGGCAGUGUGACCGAUCACUAUAUACGAGGCAGUGUAACACAUCACUGUACACGAGGCAGUGUGACCCACCAGUGUACACGAGGCAGUGUAACAUACCACUGUACUCAAUCCCAGGAUGCAAGCAGAAUAACUCAAGCAUCUUGGCUCAUGAGAAUCCCAGGCCAAGUGAAUUUUCAUUGUUUUACCUCAGCAGUCACUUCCUCCCACAUUAUCCACGGUCCCAAGCACUCCUUUCUGGUGAGAGUUUUGUGCAUUAGUUGUAACCUGAAGGUAUUUGUUCCUCCUUUUCUGGUAAUUACUGUUUGAGGACCUUGCUUUACCAGAGAUCCAUUGUGACCAUGUGCUUCCCUUCUCUCUCGGCCCUUCUGUCUCGAAUGUCUUCAGCAGCUCUCAUUGAAGCUCGAGCAAGCCAGCCUGGGGGCAGGCAAUGGAUGAGGACAACGCUGCUUCAUUCAGCUCCCUACAGUGUCACUCUGGCAGGCCAGCACUUUAGUGAGAAGUUGAUCCAGCAUGGCUGAUAGGAGGGCAAUUAUAUGUUUAGAGGUGAUUUGAUAAUUAGAUACUCGAAAGCUGCCCUUUUUAAAAUGAUUUAAUUUGCUUGUUUGAAAAUAUUAGUCAAUGACAAGUUGAAGGCAGGCUCUGACUCAGCAGCAGAGACUGAUUCCAUUAGCUCCCAGCCAGUGUGAAGUGAAUCUGUCUCCAAAUUCCACACCUCCUUAUUCAGUAAUGUGCCAAGCAAGAGAAAAAGCAAAAACUUUUUCUUUUGGAUUGUUGAGGACAUUUUGAAGGUUCUGAUACAAAUCAAUACUGCAUAUUAAGCCUGAGGAACGUGUUAAGAGAUCAGAGACAUUGUUAUUAAAUAGUAAAGGUGCGAUUAAAUGUUUCACUUAAUUGAA